GCCCUCUGCGCCAGGCCGUAAGCGAAGUUUACUCACAGGAGCCGAGAUGUUUCUUGAAUCCGUGAAGAAAGAGCUUGGAGGGAAAGUAUUCGAUAAAGUCAUAAGUGUUAAAGGAGAUGUGACUCUGAUCUUUGUCAUUGAUGACACUGGAAGCAUGRGAAGUUUUAUUGACGCUGCAAAAGCACUUGCUACUACUAUCAUCAACACUAAACGAGAUUUCGAUGUGGAAUAUAUUUUAUCACCAUACAACGACCCAGAGACCGGCAAUGUAACCACUAUGACGUCAGAUCAAAAGGAUCAGUUUGUGAAAGAAAUUGGAAAACUGAGUGCGCAUGGCGGAGGCGACUGCCCGGAACUUGCAUUUGCGGGAAUGCUCAAUGCAAUCGCUGCAGGCCCAAACAUGGCUUCACCCAUGUUUGUGUUUACCGAUGCAACUGCAAAAGACUACAGCGAAAAGAACAUGGAAAGACUUCUCGACGAGGCCUACAUGCUUGAACUCAACAUCAAUUUCUUUGUUCGGAAUAGUCCUUGUGGCGAGAAGUCGCAUAAACCGUAUGAAGAACUUGCCGAGAAGACUUGUGGCCAAAUGAUAUAUCUACCCUCCGCCAGUUACCUCUCCAGUCUUACUGGCCUCGCACAAAAGUCUUUGGUUGGAAAAACCUGUUUGAGUUCGGGUGGUUUUGGAUAUGGACCUGGAAAGAGGCGUAAGAGGGCAGCUGGAGAUAGCGUGUAUGUAAUUUCAGUGGAUGAUAUAACAGAUGCAGUGAUGAUUACUGUGAGRGCUGCUAAURAUAACMCAGGURUUACCCUKRCUACGCCUAGUGGGGUGGUGGUGUCUGAUCCAAGUGUACGAAUAAGUGUCGGCAAGGGGUACAUCUACGACAUCACAAACCCUCCACCAGGACAAUGGACACUGACAGUUAGCGCCUCAGCUGGAGCCCAUCGUUACGAUGUCCAGGGAACAAGCAAAUCUAAUGUGGACUUCAGUUAUUUCUUCAUCAUGAUUCCUACAUCAGGAAGAAACAGGGAGCCCAUAUCUGUGCCUUAUCCACUUACGG